GCCUGUGGCCCGCAGCCCGAGGGAGCCCGUGGGAGUGCUGGGCGCCUCCUUGCACAGUUCUGCGUGUCCCGAGGCGAGCGAGCAGUGGCCAUGGGCACGCGCGGGCCCUAUGCGCUGGUGGACACCACGCCGGCCAAGACCAUCUUGGUGUACCGCAAUGGGGACCAGUUUUAUGUGGGCCGCAAGUUCGUAUUCUCCCGGCGUCGCGUAGCCAACUUCGAGGCUCUGCUGGAGCAGCUGACCGAGCAAGUGGAGGUGCCCUUCGGUGUGCGGCGGCUCUACACGCCCACGCAGGGCCACCAGGUGCUCAGACUGGACGCGCUGCAGACCGGUGGCAAGUACGUGGCUGCAGGCCGGGAGCGCUUCAAGAAGCUGGACUAUAUUCAUAUAGUUCCCAGAAAACCUUCAAAGAUGAGAAAGUUGAAGGAAAUCAAGCCGGUGGUACAUUGUGAUAUCAACGUGCCUUCCAGGUGGCAAACACAGAGCAGGACAUCCCGAUACAUAAAUGUUUUCACAAAUGGAAGAUUAUUUAUCCCUCCUAUCAAAAUUAUUAUACCCAAAUUCAGCCUGUCGGAUUGGAAUUGUGUGCUGGCCAUGAUUGGAGAAAAAGUCUUCCCUCUAGGAGGAGUUCGAAAGUUGUUUACAAUGGAUGGACAUCUUUUGGAUGACUCAAAGAAUUUGCAAGACAAUUGUUUUUAUGUUGCUGCAGGACUGGAGACUUUCAAAUCCAUUCCUUACUGGAAGUCCUCAUGGGUCCCCAGUGAGGUCCAGCAGAGGUUUGGGGCCAAUGAUAAAUGCACACAAACAAAGAAAAGAGUGGAGUCCAAAGUAAAAGAACCUCUUCAAAAUGACAGUGUACCACCUAAAAGUCAGGAUUCUGUUUAUUAUGCCAAAGAGAAAAAGCAGAUGGACACAGAACCUUUAAUUCAAAGUGGUGCAGAAGGUGAUGUAUAUAAAGCACAGACACCUGCUAAGGAGGCCCAAGAAGCACUGGAAGUCAAGGAGGACCCAGAGGUGAAGGUGGAGGUGCCAGUCGAUCAGGCACCAGCUGAAAUUGUUAAAGAAAUUGAUGAGAUAGGUGAUAGCAGCCCUGGCUUGGAAAGCGGCAUGGAAAAGGAAGUGGAAAGGCUUUAUGAAGAUAUUGACAGAAAGCAUCUCUCAAGAACUUCUGCAAGAAUAAAGAGGUGGUUCCAACGCCUGAGAAAAAACAACAUGACAUUCUAGAAGAAAAGCUGACACCUGCUCUGCCAGAAACCCAAGCAGAAGCAGAAGAUCAAAGAGAUCCAUCAAUGGGACAAGAAUCAUCAGAAGAAUCAUCAUUAACUCAAGACCAAAGACAUGAGCAACAAGAAUCAUCUUUGGGAACACCAUCCCCAGAACAAAGACCUGAGAGAAAGGAAUCCCCUAGGCAAUCAUCCUUGGAACCAUUGCCUCUAGAGCAUCAACUUGAACAGCAAGAGAUACCUCUACAGUCAUCCUUGGGACUACCAUCCCCAGAGCAAGAACUUGAACAACAAGAGUUACAUAUGCAGUCAUUCCUGGGACUACCAUCCACAGAGCAUCAACUUGAACAGCAAGAGAUACCUCUGCAGUCAUCCUUGGGACCACCAUCUCCAGAGCAACAACUUGAACAACAAGAGGUACAUAUACAGUCAUUCCUGGGACUACCAUCCACAGAGCAGCAACUUGAGCAACAAGAGGUAUCUGUACAGUCAUCCUUGGAACCAUCAUCCCCAGAGCAGCAACUUGAACAAGAGACUCCUGGACAGUUAUUCUUGAGACCAUCAUUCCCAGAACAGCAACUCGAAUGGCAAGAGAUACCUAUAUGCUCAACUUUUGGACCACCAUCUCUAGAACAACAAUUUGAACGAGAGUCCUCUAAAGAAUCAUCCUUGGGACAGUUUUUAGAGCAACCACCUGAGCAAUGAGAAUCUCCUAAAUAAUCAUCCUUGGGACCACCAUUCCAAAAAUAUCUACCCAAGCAACGAGAUCCCAAAGACAGUCAUCCUUGAGAUAACAAUCUCAGAAACAGAUGACUCUGGGACAGCACAUGAAACAAAUACUAUAAUAACAAAAAUAUCAGCCAUGUCGUGAAGAACAACAGUCAGGAACUGGACAGGACCAUAAGCAAAUGAAAAUAAAAUUAGACAAUUUAUUUUCAUAUUAUGCUGAGAUAUGCCAGUAGGGUAUUACAAUUGUCAACCUCAUAUUUUGAUGGCCGGAUUUAAAGUUUAAAAGAUGAGUAAGAUUAAAUUCAUCUGGAAUCCCU